AACUCUAGGAUCCACCCUCCCUGGUCCAGAUAGAGGCGGAGGCGAGUUUCCCGGGUGAUGGCGAGGUCCGGGCUGGGGCAGGACCCUGGGAGCACAGCUGCAGUCGCUGUGAUAAAGCGGGCGUUGGAACUAGAGUCCGAGUCCCGGUACCCGCAGGCUCUGGUGUGUUACCAGGAGGGGAUUGACCUGCUCCUGCAGAUUCUGAAAGGUACCAAAGAUGAAACAAAGAAAUGUAAUCUCAGAAAAAGAAUUUCGGAGUACAUGGAUAGAGCAGAAAACAUAAAGAAAUACUUGGAUCAAGAAAAAGAAGCUGGAAAAUACCACAAGCAAAUUAAAAUAGAAGAGAAUGCAACAGGUUUCAGUUAUGAGUCACUUUUUCAAGAAUACCUGAAUGAAGCAGUUACAGAAGUUUGGAUAGAAGACCCUUAUAUUAGAUAUACUCAUCAGCUGUAUAACUUUCUUCGAUUUUGUGAGAUGCUUGUCAAGGGACCGUGUAAAGUAAAAACUAUCCAUCUUCUCACCUCCCUGGAAGAAGGCGGUGGGAAAGAGCAGCAAAGUAGUGGCCUGAAGGAAAUAAAAGAGUCACUCAGGAGUCACGGAGUGCUGUUGGAAUUAGAAUACUCUUCUUCGAUACACGACCGAGAAAUUAGGUUCAACAAUGGAUGGAUAAUUAAGAUUGGAAGGGGGCUUGAUUAUUUUCAGAAACCACAGAUUCAGGUUACAUUCCUGCCAAGGAUUUUGAUGCCGGCCAAUUACAACAGAGGGAGAAUUCCUCCAGAAGAAGAGAAUCGACUUGCCUUCCAGAUUCAUGUGGUCAUGGAUCCAGUCUUCCACAGCCAGGUUUUGGUAAACAUCAUUGGAAAUCGACUGUAAAAUGAGCCCACUUUUUGCUGUGUUUUUAAAGCCAGCUGCUGGGACCUUGAGGUUAUGCAGUAACUGGAAGCAAUUCUUGGUUGAAAAUGGGAUCAGCAUGCCUUUAAAAACGGAAGACAAACAAGUUAAUGAUUGAGAAAAGGAAAACUAAAUUCUAUUUUCUAGCUAUCA